AGAAGAUGCAACAUUUCUACAGAAAAACGACAACAUGAGGACUGUUUUGAUGGUAGCGGAGAAGCCGUCCCUGGCACAAUCUAUCGCAAAAAUCUUAUCUAAAGGCAGCUGUUCGUCGCGGAAGGGCCUGAACGGAGCAUGCUCAGUGCACGAGUAUGUCGGCAGCUUCAUGGGCCAAUCGGCUCGCUUCAAGAUGACGUCUGUCUGCGGACACGUCAUGAGCCUCGACUUCAUAGGGAAGUAUAAUAACUGGGACAAGGUGGACCCUGGAGAGCUGUUCAGCAAAGCCCCUACGGAGAAGAAGGAGGCCAACCCCAAACUCAACAUGGUCAAGUUCCUACAGGUGGAAGCCAAAGGCUGUGAUAUUGUUGUGCUGUGGCUCGACUGUGACAAAGAAGGAGAAAAUAUCUGCUUUGAGGUAUUGGAUGCCAUCAAGCCGGUCAUGAACAAGAGCUAUGGCAAUGAGCGCUCCGUGUACCGGGCCAAGUUCAGCUCCAUCACGGACGUGGACAUCUGCAACGCCAUGAACAAGCUGGGGGAGCCCAACCACAACGAGGCCCUCUCUGUGGACGCACGACAGGAGCUGGACCUGCGCAUCGGCUGCGCCUUCACACGUUUUCAGACCAAGUACUUCCAAGGCAAAUACGGGAACCUGGAUUCAUCGCUCAUCUCGUUCGGGCCCUGUCAGACCCCCACUCUGGGCUUCUGUGUGGAGAGACACGACAAGAUCCAGUCCUUUAAACCCGAGAUGUACUGGGUCAUUCAAGCCAAGGUGUUUAAAGGAAAGGACAGCCCUCUGACGCUGGAUUGGGACCGGGUCCGAGUGUUUGAUAGGGAGGUCGGACAGAUGUUUGUCAACAUGGCCAAGACGGCCAGAGAAGCCAAGGUGGAGUCAGUGAGUAAGAAGGAGAAGGCUAAACAGCGCCCCCUGGCCCUCAACACAGUUGAGAUGCUGAGAGUGGCCAGCUCUGCACUGGGGAUGGGUCCACAGCACACUAUGCAGAUUGCAGAGAGGCUGUAUACGCAGGGCUACAUCAGCUACCCCCGUACGGAGACCACGCACUACCCCGAGAACUUUGACCUGAAGGGCACGCUGAGGCAACAGGCCAACUGCUCCUUCUGGGCAGACUCGGUGAAAGCGUUGCUGUCGGAGGGAAUUAAUCGGCCCAGGAAAGGAGCAGAUGCCGGAGACCACCCUCCCAUCACCCCCAUGAGGUCUGCAAGCGAGGGAGAACUGGGAAGCGAUGGCUGGCGUCUAUACGAGUACAUCACACGCCACUUCAUCGCCACCAUCAGCCAUGACUGUAAGUACCUCCAGACCACCAUCACCUUCACCAUCGGCACCGAGGGCUUCUCCUGCAGCGGCAAGACCCUCAUCUCAGCCGGCUUCACAGACGUCAUGCCGUGGCAGGGUAUUCCCCUGGAGGAGGCCAUGCCAGCGUGUGAGCGGGGCGACGUCUUCACCGUAGACGAGAUCAAACUCCUGGAGAAGCAGACCAGCCCCCCAGACUACCUGACGGAGGCCGAUCUCAUCACUCUCAUGGAGAAACACGCCAUCGGUACCGAUGCCAGCAUCCCGGUCCACAUCAACAACGUGUGCCAGAGGAACUAUGUGACCGUGGAGAGCGGGCGCCGACUGAAGCCCACCAACCUGGGCAUCGUGCUGGUCCACGGCUACUACAAGAUCGAUGCGGAGCUGGUUCUGCCAACCAUCCGCAGUGCUGUGGAGAAGCAGCUGAACCUGAUCGCGCUGGGCAAGGCCAACUUCCAACAGGUGCUGCAGCACACACUCGACAUCUUCAAGAGGAAGUUCCACUACUUUGUAGACUCCAUCUCAGGCAUGGAUGAGCUAAUGGAGUUGUCGUUCUCGCCGAUAGCUGAGACGGGGAAGCCCCUCUCUCGCUGCGGGAAGUGCCUUCGAUUUAUGAAGUACAUCCAGGCCAAGCCUAGCCGCCUGCACUGCUCCCACUGUGACGACACGUACAGCCUGCCCCAGAACGGCGCCAUAAAGCUCUAUAAGGAGCUGCGUUGCCCCCUGGACGACUUCGAGCUGGUGCUCUGGACCUCCGGCUCCAAGGGCAAGAGCUACCCAGUCUGCCCCUACUGCUUCGGGAACGCUCCCUUCAGGGACAUGAAGAAAGGUAUGGCCUGCAACGAGUGCACCCACCCCACGUGCCAGCACUCCCUCAACCAGCUGGGCAUCGGCCAGUGCGUGGAGUGCGAGAGUGGCGUCCUCGUUUUUGACCCCACCUCUGGCCCCAAGUGGCGCAUGGCCUGCAACAAGUGCAACGUGGUGGUGCACUUCUUCGAGCACGCCCACAAAGUACAGGUGGCGUCAGAUAGCUGUGAGGCCUGUGAGGCAUCCCUGGUGGCCGUGGACUUCAACAAGACGCGCACCCCGCUGCCUGACAGCGAGACCCAGCACACGGGCUGCGUGUUCUGUGACCCCAUCUUCCAAGACCUGGUGCAGCUCAAGCACGCAACCAUGAGGCACCCCAUGCACAGGGGAGGGGGAGGAGCCAGGAGAGGGGGGCGGGGACGAGGCAGGGGGAGGCGGCCUGGAGGGAGGGGGAAACCUAAAGAUAAAAUGGCUGCCCUGGCUGCGUACUUUGUGUAGUUUUUUGUUUGUUUCUGAAUGAAAAAUAAUAAUGUGCUGUCACAGAUAUAUUGCCAUGCCUCAUGCUGUCUUGUUAAUAAUGAAAAUAAAAUUUUACACAUGGAUGACUUUC